AUGUUGAUUGGACUACUCGGAGAAGAAGCAGAAGAUGGUGUUAAGAAGAGGGAAGUUUGGAAACCUCCAGAUGGCGGCAAUAAAGGCUUUCCCAGCCAAAGCAGAGGAAGGAGAAGUAAAUGGAAAAGGGGAAAAUCAAUAGCUAAAUCUCUGAUCUGUGACUAUGCCAUCCACCUCGAGCAAAAUGGAGGCAACAUUGAGCCAAGAGCCUCUGUUAUGACAGGGGAAAAGCAGGGGAAAGCUCUACCAAGUCCCCUGAAGAAUAAAGAAGCGAUUGACAAGAAAGAUAGCUACCGCAUUCAAGAGGGAAGAGAGGUGAACAGGAGAGGAAAAAGCUUUAAAGGGAGGUGGAAGAGGGGAAGAGAAGGCUGUGCUCACAUUUUCAGUACUGCUGCCUAUUCUCCCUGGUUCUUGUUGGUCUCAAUACCCACCUUUAGCAAAGAAAAAAUCCCUCUGUCACAAACCAAAUCUCAAACCAAGCUGCUGUGCCCAAGGAUGGAGUCCAUCAACAAUGAAGCAAACACCAACCAGGGGAGGGGAAGCCUAGUCCAGUCGUCAACCAGGGGCAGAGGGGGACGCCUUGUCCUGUCCUCAAUUGGAGGGAGAGGGAUGUCCAUACUGUUGGGGAAGAUGCUGACAGAGAGCAAGGUUGUAGUGGCAAAAGCAACUGGAGCGGCUCGUUACACGUGGGGCUGCUUCGGUGAGGUGAACAUUCAACCAACCGAAACACCAAACCUGUUCCUGUUUACCUUCAAUAGCAUGGAGAUCAGAGACAAGAUUUGGAGAGAUAGACCCUAG